CGUACCCCUACUUCCUAAAUUGGCAAGAUUAAGCCCUAUACAGAUGCCAUCAUUGGUAGAAACCCUUGGUAGUCCUGCGUUAGGGGUCGAUGUCCUUUAAUCCCCCUGUAUCAUCCUUAAUUGAGCUGUAGAUCUAUACAUAUAUUCUCUCCACCGGCUUGCUGGGUGUAUACAGGGACAUCAGGUCGCGCAACUGCUUUCCUCGUCUUCGUUUUUGCUUGACAGUCAUUAUUUGUUCGCAUUAUGUCAUAAUGCUGGGAUGACCGUCGAUAUCUUGUCCUAUCCGAUAGCAAUCGCGAAGUGGCACAACAUUUGAGGCUGCCGCAAAUCAAUUGCAGAAGGAUAAAGAAGGCGGGCCAUGAACGAGCCUCCAGACCACAGGGUUUCGCAACCCGGGCUCGAAAUUGUCUAUCCCACUGACCCGGAAGUCAUAUAUCCACCGAGGGAGACACAUCCCGCUCUCGUAUCCGAUCCGGGAAUCAUACAUUUUAAGAGCGAUGGCAGUCCGUACAAUCAACCCCAGGUCUAUGGAGCGUAUAGUUGGAAGGAAUUACCACCGCAACCACCGCAACCACCGCAGCCACCAGUCCAGAGCGGAAAUAGCGAACGGAAGAAGCUAUAUUUCUUAAUCGGAGGUUUAAUUGUUCUCGCAGUAAUUGUGGGUGCGGUAGUCGGCGGUGUUUUGGGAAGCAAAGCCACUUCAAGCGAUGGAUCACAUGUGUCCUCAGAACCAGUAUCUUCAAGCUCAUCUUCGCCAAACCCAACCUCCACACCAAGUAGUAGCACUAGCCAAAGCGUAAACACAACAGCAAUACGACCCAAGACGAGGCUCACUGUGACGGGCCGACGCAUACAAGGCAACGGCUUCACCUCGCGACUAUUCUGGCAAGGAGGCGACAACAAAAUCCGCACAUCGCGGUACAGCAGCAGCAGUAGUCAAUGGUCAACUCCGCUAGUCUUCGACGACGUAGAUGCAAAGCCCGGGACGCCUAUUGCCGCAGGCCUUUAUCUAGAGGUCCCGCAGUUUGAGUUCUUUUACGUAGAUCCAUCAUCGACGUUCCAGGGGAUCAACUUCUUCGAAGACGAAACGGUGCCCAAGAUCGACAGCGUCAGUUCGGAACGGAUGCCUCUCACCGUACCGAAUGGUUCUAAGAUGACCGCCUAUUGGCCGUACGUCAUUUAUCAGAACACGAACACUUCGUUCCAUCGCCUGGUUUACGACGGACAUACCGGCAGGGGCUGGUUCAACGACACCGUGCAAGGCUGGGACCACCCGGAUGAUAUUCCGCUGGGCGAUGCGAACUCUGGUAUCGCUGUAGUGCCCAUGAUGAGUAGCUUCCAAACCCCAUAUACAGCAGGCCUUGCAUACCGCGAUCCAAAGGGCCGUCUCUCUAUAUUUCCAUUCGGUGGCUUCGAUACGGGUAUGGCUUGGUAUUUUGGGACGCCCGGCGUCACAAUUCCCUCGGGAACAUCUAUCGCGGCAUUCGCAAUCGGGCGGCUAAAUAGCAACACGACGAACACUUGGAUCCUGUAUCAAGACGCAAGCAAUAAAAUCCAGUCGGUCUGGCAGGGAGACGACAAUGAAUGGCAGGGCCCCCAGGAAGUGGGCGACGCGGACGCCGGCACGGACAUUGCGUGCUUGACCGAGCAGGUCGGUGAUCAGCCUUCCCAGACAACCCUGGCGGAUCGGACUGAUAUGAGACGUUGUUAUUACCAAUAUAAAGGCCUAAUUCGCGAGAAGCGACUUACAUCUUCUAGCUGGGUGGACGGUGCCGCGAUUCCGAUGGAAUAGGUUGGAUAGAUCUUACGGGGUAUUGGUUAAGUAUUGUAAUUCGGGUAAUUUAAAGCCGGGCAUAUAUCAUGGAAUGCAGGAAUAGGCUAUGUAAACUCUAUGGGGGAGGUAGCUAACUUGAAAGCUCGGUGUAUGCACCGAAUCUAAUGAGAAA